GUGUUAAGUAAAAAAAAAAAAAAAAAAAAAAAAUAAAAAAAAUAAAAAAAUAAAAGUUUUGAAUUUCAUAUAUAAUAUUUAUAAAUAUUUCGCAGUAAUGACGCGACAUUUAUGUUAAUUUAAUUUUAAAUGCUUGAUAUUAGUAAAGUUUCACUAAAAUAUAUCGGUAAUGUUGGUAUCAUUGCAUAAGCACCAUCGGACUGCACGUCGUACUUGUUCUUAUUAACGCCGAAUAUCUUAAAGGGUCAAACGGUUUGUUUUAAUUUCAGAAGAAUAUCAUUAUAUUUAAAAUAAUAUGUAAACGAUGAAAAUGAUAUGAACGUUUUAUUCAUUCGAAGAAAGAAUUAUCAUCUCGUGACACAUAAUACAUUCAUAAUAAAAAGUAACCGAGAGUGAAUAGAACAGACAAUUUUGAAGGAGAUUUAUUCAUUAAAUUGUUGUAAAGUUAAUGGGAAAAAAAAGAAGAAAAAAAAGAAGAAAAAAAAAAAAAAAAGAACAAAAAUAAAAAGAAAACAGUUCUUUUGAAUAUGUGUAUUAAUGUAACGAAUUUGAUGUCGAUAGACGCAAUUAUAACAUCUAAAUUAAAUUAAAGGAAAGUAUAAUAUUUGUAAAAAUUGCGUAUUUCCGUGAAUCAAAGAUGAUGGAUGUCGACAAAAUUGCCUUGUUUGCCGGUAUGGGACUUGCUGUAGCAGUUGGAGCAUUUGUAUUAUGGGGUCCAUCUCCUAAACCUAGAAGAAGAGGUAAAGUGGUUGGCAUUAGUAAUCUAGGAUAUACUUGCUUUUUAAAUUCCUUGUUACAAGCAUUAGCUGCUUGUCCGACUUUAAUCACAUGGCUUCAAAGGCAACGAGAGAAGAACGAAAAGUGCAAUUUUACCACUGCUUUGCUUUCAGUUUUUGAAAAAAUCAAUGGUCAUACCGAUGACUUGUAUGGAGAUGUAACACCUAUUGAGAUAAUAACUACCCUUGGUUCACAAUGGAGCUUUGCUCCUGGUUAUCAAGAUGCUCAUGAAUUAUUUCACAUACUUCUAAAUGCAUUACAGUCAGAAAUUCAACCCAUUAACAGACGAGGUUGUCUGUCAGAUGCAUUACCUAGAAAUCCUUUAGUUGUGGUAGAUCUCAAGGGUUCAGGAGAACCAAUAGGUCUUCGAAGUGUAUCAUGCAAUGAUAUAGUAUCAGCUGAAAGAAAUCCUAAUUCUAUGCAUGGAUUUGAUACAAAUUGUAACAAUCAUAUGACAAUAUCUACACCUUCUAUAUCAUCUCAUAUACCUUCAGAAUAUAAGCCUGGUAAAAUCCUGGAUAGAUCUUCAGAAAUGUUAUCACAGCAUAAGAGAUAUGACGCAGAAAAUGAUGAGCCAAUAUGGAAUUAUCUAUGUGAAGUAUCUUUAAUUAAUAUGCCACCUAUAUGGAAUGAAGUACAUCCAUUUUCUGGAUUAUUAACUAGUCAAUUACAAUGUAUUAAUUGCAAUUGGAAGUCCCCCGUACGUUAUGAUAAACUUGAAAGUAUUUCAUUGCCGUUACCUGCUCUCGGUUCAGUUCUUCAAUGGAAACAACAUACUCUUAUUGAAUUAUUUUCACGUUUUGUGAGCAGUGAAAUUGUUCAUGAUGUAGAAUGUGAUGGUUGUGCAUCUCGUUGUGAUGCCGUUAAAACUCUUACUCUUGGAAAAUUACCUAAAUGCUUAUGUAUACAUAUACCAAGAACUACAUGGAGCUCAUCUGGGAUGCCAAUUAAGAGAGAUGAUCCUGUUGUUUUUUCUGAUACAUUAGUAUUAGAUCCAUUUACUUUUAUAGAAGCAAAGAAAAGACUUGCAAAAGGAGAUGCACAAGCAAUGUUGCUUCUUACAAAUCAACGAUCAACCUAUGGUAAACACAAGUAUCAACUUCAAGCUGUUGUAGAACAUCGUGGACCUGUAGAUGCUGGUCAUUUUGUAUGUUAUAGACGGGGAACUAGACCUGAUCGAUGGCUUUAUACAUCGGAUUCAACUGUCGAAAAUACAUCUUUGACAGAUGUACUUUGUGCCAGUCCUUAUCUUCUUUUUUAUGAACGAAUUCAUGAAUUGCAUGCAUAGUUAGGAACAAAUUAAAUCUGAGGUUGUUAAUGAAUUUAUGGUGAUUCUUAUUCGAAUUUUCAUAUAAUCAUUCCUCUAGUAAAUUCAUUCAUUUUUGGGUCCAGUAUAAUCAUAGGAAUGAAAUCAUUGUUAAGAAAUCCUUUAAUUUUUUAAAGGUAUAAGUUGAAUCACCAUUGUGCCAUAAUUCUUAUUAGAAUCAACUUAUUAUCUUUCGACAUUUUUUAAUAGAUCUCAAAGUAUUCACAUUUAAUUUGAAAUAAACCAUAAAAGGGAAUAUAAAUGUUUAUGUAAUGUGUCCAUAAUGUAUAUUUUCAUUAUGAAAUAGUACAGAUUACAUGACUGUAAUAAUUAACAAAUAUUUAUAGUUUAUCUAAAGCUUCAUUCUUAAAAUUAGAAAUUUUCAUAAAUAGAGAUUGCAUUCGACAGUCUUAAUAUGAUAUUUAAAGCAAGAAAAUAUGAAUACAGAGAUUAUAGAGGGGAAAAAAAAAUAGAUAUACAUUCGAAUGCAUGAUUCAUAAAAUAUAAUGCCUUCUGUGCAAUUGUCGUAAAUAAAACAUACAAUGCUAAGGCUUAAUUAAUGUAACUAUUAAAAAUAAAUUGUGCCAAAUUAAUGCACAUUUUGUAUAAUACCA